AUGCCGGCGUCGGUGUCGUCCGCCGCGGGUGGCGUCGUGCGCAUCCUCGGCGACGAUUUGCACGCGGCGGCGCGCGUGAUGUUCGACGCUCGAAGCGUCGCCGCGAUCGCGGUGUCGUCCACGAUGCUGCUCCUGGAAGCUCCCGGGCGGCUGGACGCGCGCGAGCUGUCCUCGACGGUCGCGAUCACGCUGACGUCGAUGGGCGCGGUGUCCGGGACGUCGAACGCGAGCGACGCGACGGCGGCGCCGACGGCGACGCUCGCGCUCGCGCUCGCGGCGCCUCGCGUCGCGACGAAAAUCACGCCGACGAGGGGCGUCUCCGGCGGCGGCGUUCGCGCGACGCUCGUCGUCUCGCCGCCGAUCACCGGCGAGGGCGCCGCCGCGCAAGCGAUCGCGUGCUGGUUCGGGAGCUCCGGGCCGAUCGCGGCGAGGCUGACGAGCGGCGGCGGCGUGGAGUGCGUCACCCCCGGAAAGGGCGCCGGGGACGUCGACGUCGCCGCCGCAGCGCACCCAGGGUUGGUCGCGACGUCCGUGCAUCGCGCGGAACGGUCAGGGGUUUCGUUCUCGGUCCACGCCGAAAGCGAGGCGAGCGUCGCCGCGGUGUUACUGCGCGCGACCGCGCUCGCGGCGUACGGCGGCGACGCGGAGGUGUGGACGCCGUUCACCGCGGACCCGGCUUCUUCGUCGGUACUCUUCGGCGCGGAUCCGACGCGCGCGAAAUUGAGCGGCGACGGCGAGGGCGUUCGCACGCUGUCCGUCCCCGCGCGACCGGAGGGCGGCUUCGUGCCGAUAUCCCUAGACGUCGACGGCGUCAACGGCGGCGAGACUCCGUUCGCGCAGAUCGAGAUCGCGGCCGCGCCGGUGGCGGGGACGCUGUCUCCCGCGACGACGCCCUCCGCAGGCGGCGGCGUUCUCUUUCUUUCCGGGAAAAACCUGAGACGCGCGGCGUCGCACGUCGUCGCCGCGGCGUUCUCGUCGUCUCAAGGCGCCGGCGCCGGCGUUUCCGCGUACGGCGCGGACAUUCGCGCGGUGUCCUCCGCUGUCGCCUCGCUCGAGGCGCCGUCUAUGCCACCCGGCGCCGCGUCGUUGAGCCUGACCGUGCACGUCGCGUCGUCAUCGUCGUCGGCGGCGGCGGUGGCGACCGCCGGCGGCGCGACGCUAUCGAUCGGCGUCCUCCCCGGCGCGGACAUCAGCUCGAUGUCGCCGUCGACCGGACCUUCCUCACCGGGCGCGUCCGGAGGCGCGCACACGAUCGUCAUAACCGGCAGAGGGUUUCUCGAUACCGGAUCCGCGUCGUGUCGCGUCGGGAGCGUCGGCCCGCUGCGCGCGGUGGUGAGCUCCGCCGGGGAGUUGUCCUGCGACGUCCCCGCGUUGACGCCGCGCGGGUAUCCGGUCGAGGUGUCCUUCAACCGCCGCGAUUACACCCGCGCGGCGACGUUACCGGAGACGAUCCCGGAGAUCGUCGACGUCAACGCCCCGAACGCGACCGCGGACGAGUGGAGCUACUUCCGCGGACUCGUGGAGAGCGCGAAACGAGGCGAGUUUGACGAGGCGAUGAUCAUCGCGCAAAACAUCUACGGCUUCCACGUCGAGGCGUCUCGCGACGCCGCGGUGGACGUCGUCGACAAGACGAUCUAUUGGACCGCGAUCGCGCCCCCGACCGCGGUCACGGCGGUGAUGCCGUCCGCGGUGUCCGCCGCGGCCGUGGGCGGCGCGUCGGUGACGAUCAUCGGCGCCGGGUUCGCGCGCGACGGCGUCGCCGCCCCGUGCGGCGGCGGCGUCGUGACGGUGGACACGCGCGCCGAGCUCGCGAUCGUCUCCGUCGCCGGCGGCGUCCGCGCGCCGUCUC